AUGUCCUCUCUGGCCAGUUCAUGUUUCGGAAGCUCGGAUUUCAUGUUGAGCACGGAAAUGUCUCAAACCAGUCCAUCAGAGAAAUCAACCGAUGUUGCCGUCGUGGGCCUCGGUUGCCGUUUGGCCGGGGGCAUUCGGAGCCCGGAGGCGCUCUGGAAGUGCCUCUUGGACAGACGAGAUACCAGUGGAGAGAUCCCUGCCACACGCUGGGCACCUUACCAUGGACGAGGGAUUUAUAACGCCCGGGUACUCGAGCAGAUCACCAACCGAGGUUACUUUGUGGAGGACAUCGAAAGCUUCGACUGUCAAUUCUUCGGAAUCUCCCCCAAAGAGUCCGAGCAGAUGGAUCCGCAGCAGCGCGUGUCACUGGAGGUUCUCUGGGAGGCAUUAGAAGAUGCAGGUAUUCCCGCAGAGUCGCUUCAGGGCACCAAUGCCGCCGUCUUCUGGGGCGUGAACUCAGCGGACUUUUCACGCGUGGUCCUGGAAGAUUUACCAGCCAUUGACGCCUGGAUGGGCAUUGGAACGGCAUAUUGCGGCGUUCCCAAUCGUAUAUCCCAUCACCUGGAACUGAUAGGCCCGAGUAUGGCGAUUGAUGCGGCGUGUGCCUCUUCCCUGGUGGCGCUGCAUCUUGGGGCGCGGGCGAUCAUCGAGAACGAAUGCCAGGUCGCUCUCAUUGGAGGUGUGAACAUGAUAGGGGGGCCGGGUUUGACGCGAGUCCUGGAUGUCGCUGGAGUUACCUCCGCAGACGGGCGCUGUCGGUCCUUCGAUGACGGUGCAGCUGGAUACGGGCGAGGAGAGGGUGCGGGAGCCGUGGUUCUCAAGAACCUUGCUCAGGCGAUAGAAGACGGAGAUUAUAUCCAUGCGGUGGUCAAAGGGAGCGCCGUGGGCCACAGCGGUAAGACACCGGGGAUAAUGGCACCCAGUCCUCGGGCCCAGGAAAUGGUAGCCAGGUCGGCGCUUCGGGCUGCCCGUGAUAUCGACGCCCAUUCCAUCAGGUACGUGGAGGCGCAUGCUACCUCGACCAAAAUCGGAGAUCCCGCCGAGAUCACCGCCAUGGCCGCAGUCUAUGGUGCUGAGAGAUCAGAGUCCACAGGCCCGUGCUAUAUUGGAUCUCUCAAGCCCAACAUCGGGCACCUUGAAGCUGGGGCCGGAGUGCUCGGCCUUAUCAAGGCCAUACUAACGGUCGAGAAGGGUGUAUUUGCACCGCAGACCAACCUCGACGUUCUGAACAGCUCUAUAGACUGGGCCCAGUCGGGUCUCCAGGUGGUACGCCAGCCAAUACCAUGGCCGGACACAGAGGCCCCUCGGCGGGCAGCCGUGUGCUCUUACGGAUACGGAGGAACUGUUUCUCACGCUAUUGUCGAGGAGGCCCCGCUUCAGGCUCUAUCACCCUCUAUCUCGGACAGCGGUGAUGACGGCCCGGGCCCACAUAUGAUACUCCUCUCAUCCCCACAGAAACGGGUCCUGCCUACCAUCGCCAAGUCAUUGCAGCAAUGGCUAAUGCAACAAAGGGGUCAAUUAGACAUUGCGGCCAUGUGUCACACCCUAGCGACGCGACGGAGCCAUCAUGCGUUUCGCGCUGCCAUCACUGUAACUGACCUGAAGGAUGCUAUACAGACUCUUGAAUGUAUGGGCAAUGGGUCGAGGCACGCGUGGGUUACGGAGGAUCGGGUCUUGGGGGAUACGCCCCGGCAAGUGUUGUGGGUAUUCUCCGGCCAUGGCGCACAGUGGACUGGGAUGGCACAGGAACUCAUAGGUGACUGUGCGUUUCAAGCGGCCGUGCAGCCAUUGGACGAAGUGGCCAAGCGCGAGAUUGGACAGACACCGACCGAGUGGCUCCGAGAGGGAGAUUGGAGCUCUGACAAGGUCCAGGUUCUGACGUAUAUGAUCCAGAUAGGAGUCAGCGCGGUCUUGCACGCGCGUGGUGUCUUUCCCCAGGCUGUACUCGGCCACUCGGUGGGUGAGAUUGCGGCCAGUGUUGUUGCUGGUGCCUUGACGGCCGAAGAAGGGAUGCUGAUUGUCACCAGACGCUCCGUCUUAUACCAGAGCGUCAUGGGACAGGGCGGUAUGGUGGUCAUCAAUAGAUCAUUUGAGGAGGUCCAUCGGACCCUCGAGGGGAGAAUUGAUGUCGUGGCAGCCAUUGAUUCCUCCCCAACGUCCUGCGUCAUCUCAGGGACCAAGGAGGCCGUUGAUCGUGUGGGUCGGGAGUACAGCGAGCAAGGUGUGGAUACCUUCACCGUCCGAACGGAUAUUGCAUUCCACAGUCCCCUGCUCCAUACACUCCGAGGAUCUGUGCACAAUGCUCUUCACCAAGAACUUCGGCCGACAAAACCAGGCAUCAAGCUGUAUUCCACCUCCCUCGCCGACCCCCGAGGUCAAGACCCCCGUGACGCUGACUACUGGGUGAGGAAUUUGAUCCUGCCCGUCCGUCUGACCUCAACUGUCCGCGCCGCCAUCCAGGAUGGCUACCGAGUUUUUAUGGAAGUCUCGACCCACCCCAUUGUAGCACACUCUAUCAGUGACACCAUCCAGUACAGCAACGUCGGCCAGCAUGCGGUGAUUCCCACCCUUCGUCGGGGACAGCCCGCAGAGAGAUGUCUCCUUCAAGCCAUCGGCCGUCUGCACUGCAGCGGGGUGACGAUCAACUGGGGUGCGCUCAUGAAGGGGGCUUGGACACGAGCGGUUCCAAAAUAUCCCUGGACCCACAAUCCGCUUCUAAGAACGUCGCGGGAGAUAGUGACACGCACGCCAGUAGACGCCCAGGACCUAAACUCGCAUACUCUACUUGGUAGGCGAUUGGCAGUCGCCGGCACAAACGUCAUUGUGUAUUCCACCUCGCUGGAUAUGGAUACGAAACCCUUUCCAGGCAGCCACCCAGUCAUGGAUAGUGAGAUCGUUCCCGCGGCGUGCCUGAUCAAUACAUUUCUUGCAGCGACUGGUCACCGGUCACUACAGGAGGUAGACCUCAGGUCCCCGGUUGUGAUUAACAAUCCACGGCAAAUACAGGUUGUGGUGGAUGAAAACGCGGUGAAUCUCAUGUCUCGUCUCGCCCAGGACCUGUCGGCCGAAGGCGAGGCCUGGGUGACACAUACCAGCGCGCGGACGAAGACGUUGUUGGAAGCUUCCGAGGAAAGUGUAAACCAUAGGAUACCCGUGACUAUCAGCCACGCAGAAAAGUUGGAUGAUGAUUUCACCAUCAAAUAUCUCGCAGGGUGCGGUGUCUCGGCAAUGGGAUUUCCAUGGGCCGUUCUCGAGCAUUAUGGGAACUCGGAGGAGAUGCUUGCGCGGGUUGAUGUUGCCCCUGGUAUCGACAAGUCUACCCCAUCCUCCUGGGCCCCAUUCAUGGACGCGGCAACAUCGAUUGGGUCAACCUUUUUUUACAAAGAACCGGGGCUGCGGAUGCCCGCGCACAUCGCGAGAGUGGAUGUACUCACGGAUGGACCUCCGGCCAAAACAGGGUGGGUCUACGUGCAGAAGGAUCCCGCCUUUCAACAUUCGUGCCAUGUAUACAUUGCGAGUGAGCAGGGGAUGGUACUGCUUAAGUUAUCCGGUAUGCGUUUUUCGGGCUUUGAGGGGACACGGGAUUCAGGGCGCACCAUAGACCGUCUUGUGCACCAGAUCGCCUGGCCUCCGGUCCAUCUUGCGGAAAAUCCCAUUACCAUUCACCAAAUAGUUGUUGUAUCCCAGCGCCCUGACCGGAUGGAGUGCACCAGGAUGCUCCCUAAGAAUGUUCGAUUAUUCUAUGUCCCAACGCCAGAUGAGUUGAAAGACAAGCGGCCUGAUCUUCCGCUCGAUGACCCGGACACCGCCGUGGUAUUUAUACCAGACGAGGUACAUUCUGUGAGUGAGGUGGCUAUGGCGAGUGAACACUUUGCUUGGCAGCUUCUACAACUUGUACAAUUCAUUGUUCGGGCAUCCUUGCGAUCGCGAGUGUUCGCCCUUACCAUAAAGACCGCAGAGGGCGAAACAGCCUCGGCACUUGCCCACGCCUCGCUUGUCGGACUGAGUCGAAUUCUUGCCAGCGAACAUCCGGACCACUUUGGCGGGAUGAUUGACCACGAGGAGCCCAUGGUCCCCCUCACCACGAUGAGGUAUGUCCAGGGAGCGGAUGUGAUUCGGAUCCGGGAUGGGGUAGCCCGAACAGCCAGGCUUCGUGGUCUCGAAGCGAAAAGCAAACAUACACAAAGUGGACUAAUGACACGCCCAGAGGGAACGUACUUGAUCACAGGAGGUCUUGGGGCCUUGGGAAUGUCGGUGGCUGAGUUUCUAUCAGAUCGUGGCGCCCAACGGCUGGUCCUAGUGUCGCGUCGUGGAUUGCCACCUCGGUCUGCAUGGUGUGAGAACCACGACCUACAUACCGUGACAUCGGCAAUCCUCAACUUGGAGAAACGUGGAAUUGCGGUGCAUACAAUCCCCCUAGACAUCAGUGAGCCCGAUGCGGCGUAUCAUCUCACCGGGGCCUUGGAGCAACUGGGGCUUCCCCCGGUGCUCGGCGUUGUGCAUGCAGCUGGCGUCGUGGAAAGCCAGGUCGUGCUUGACACUAGCCAAGACGCUCUACGCCGUGUCCUAGCCCCAAAGGUCAAUGGUACGCUAGCCCUACAUCAAGCGUUCCCGCCCAAGACCCUAGACUUCUUUGUCUGUUUCUCCUCCUGCGGGCAACUGUUCGGUUUCCCAGGCCAAAGCACGUACAGCAGUGCAAACUCCUUUCUCGACACACUCGCCACUCACCGUCGCGGUCUCGGAGAUAAUGCGAUUUCCAUCCAGUGGACGGCGUGGCGAGGGAUGGGAAUGGGAAGCGAUAGUGAUUUCGUCCAGGCGGAGCUGCACGGCAAAGGUAUCACGGACGUCACCCGUUAUGAGGCGUUUCUUGCCUGGCUAUAUCUUGCGCAGCAUGAAGUUGACCACGGUGUGGUCGUCCGCACUAGACUUUUGGAUGCAGGGGAGCCUCUUCCCACGCCAAUCCUGACAGACAUCGCCGUCCGUCGCCAGGUAACUACGGUCGAGACAAGCUCUAGCAAAUUGUCUCGCCCUCGGGAGACUUUGCCGUUGUCAGAAUCGGACCGGACAGCGUACCUAGACCGACAUACUCGAGCGUGCGUUGCGAGUGUGCUUCAUUUUACGUCCGAGGAAGACGUAGACUCGAACACUGUUCUGGCAGAUCUAGGGCUAGACUCGGUCAUGGGUGCGGCCCUGCGACAGAAGCUCCAGCAGACAUUCCAGGUGAUUGUACCACCGACAUUAUUUUGGAACCAGCCGACUGUCACCCAUCUAGUGCGUUGGUUGUCUCAGAAACUAGAUCAAUGA